GUGGGAAAAGCUGGGAAAAGCGGCCGAUCAAUCAAAAGUUUGCAGACCGGCCACACUAGUAUUCUCUUCACAUAUACGGUCGACAUCUUGAGUCCGAUAGCGAGUGAGGUGAUCUCGACGAUUGUCCUUUUUCGAGGACUCAUCACGUUUGCCAUGAGCUCGGAUGGCCAGAACUGGAUCGACCGGAUCGGUCCAGGGAGCCUAUUUAUCGUCUACGCCCUUAUCUCGCUGAUCUGUCUUUCGCCGAUGUUCUUCCCCUUCUACUUCAAACGACGGUCCAUUCGUCUCAAGGCGUCGGUUUGGAAACCCCUCAAAACCUCUCUCUCUUGGAACAAAGAUCGCAUCUAAACAACAAAACCCCCAGAACAGUCGUUUUAUCUAUCGGAAUCGCAUCUUUUUUUGUCUUGUUUUUUCUUCGCUUCUCAUUCGAGCAUUCUUGCUUUUUUUAUAGUUUCAUCGGGUAGAGUCCCCCCCCCCCUUCGUCCCUCAAAGAAGAUAACCAUCUUUUUGUGUAUGUGUUGUUUCUGGCUUGGUUUUCUUGUAAUUAUUAAAGGAAUCCUUUCUUAUUUCGGAAUCUAUUCACAAAAACAAAAAAUUGAGAAUUAUGGAUUGAUAAUGACCCCCCC